CGCGCGGCGGAAGCGGCUCGCACGCCUAGCGCCGCCAUGCCCGGGGACCAUCGCCGCAUCCGCGGGCCCGAGGAAUCGCAGCCGCCGCAGCUGUACGCGGCGGAGGAGGACGAGGCGCCCGACCCCCGCGACCCCUCACGGCUGCGGCCCGUGUACGCGCGCGCCGGGCUGCUGAGCCAGGCCAAGGGCUCGGCCUACCUGGAGGCGGGAGGCACCAAGGUACUGUGCGCCGUGUCCGGCCCGCGCCAGGUCGAGGGAGGAGAACGCGGCGGCGGCCCGGCGGGCGCGGGAGGCGAGGCCCCGGCCGCGCUGCGGGGACGCCUGCUCUGUGACUUCCGCCGCGCGCCCUUCGCGGGCCGCCGGCGCCGCGCGCCCCAGGGCGGCGGGGAGGAGCGCGAGCUGGCGCUGGCCCUGCAGGAAGCGCUGGAGCCCGCCGUGCGCCUGGGCCGCUACCCGCGCGCGCAGCUCGAGGUGUCCGCUCUGCUGCUGGAAGACGGCGGCUCGGCCCUGGCCGCCGCGCUCACGGCUGCCGCGCUCGCCCUGGCCGACGCCGGCAUCGAGAUGUACGACCUGGUGGUGGGCUGCGGCCUGAGCCGCGCGCCGGGGCCUGCGCCCACCUGGUUGCUGGACCCCACGCGGCUGGAGGAGGAGCGCGCCGCCGCCGGCCUCACUGUGGCUCUCAUGCCCGUGCUCAACCAGGUGGCCGGGCUGCUGGGCAGUGGGGAGGGGGGCCCGACCGAGAGCUGGGUCGAAGCCGUGCGCAUGGGUCUCGAGGGCUGCCAGCGCCUCUAUCCUGUGCUGCAGCAGUGCCUGGUGCGGGCUGCCCGCCGGCGGGGCGCCGCUGCCCCGUCCUGAACCAGAAGCCGGAGGAAUCACGGACGCCCAGGACCUGCUGCCGCCGCCGCCGCCACUGGUCGGCUUCCAGGCUGCGCCGCCCUGAGAACUCGGAGCACCUGAGAGGAUCUGGGGAGACGCGCCCGGAACUGAUGCACAGGACAGCUGUGUUGGAACAAUUUUGUACAAACUGACUAGUUAAAGAUACUUUUCUAUUUAAGCUGGCUCUUAGCCCCGACCCAAGUUGGAAAGGACUUCGGCUGGGCAGAGGUGGAAAACGGGACCUGACGCUACUACCGUCUUGUGAGGGGUGGACCCUGUGCAGACGGGCCAGUGACUCUCUCCUCUGUGACUGGGCUGCUUUUGAGAGAGCGGACAGGGGCGCUGUGCCUUCUCACUUACAUCUGAGCUAAAACAGAACAAAAAUCCUUUUCUAUCUGAAAAGCCUUCUGCUGUGGUUCUUGGUACAGGAUUUAAAAGAGCAAG